AUGCCGACCUCGGACGAAUACGUCUUCUUCUGGAAGCCACAGCAGAAGAAUGGGCUCUUUUGCCAGUGGUUCCACUCACCAUUCCAGAUGGACGGCAAGCAAUUCGUGACCGCGGAGCAGUGCAUGAUGUACUUGAAGGCCGAGUUGUUUGACGAUAGUGAGAUGAUGGAGAAGAUCAUCCGCACACCUGAAAAAGGCCCGGCAGAGCACAAGCAGAUGGGAAGAUUGGUCAAGAACUUCAACAACGGGACUUGGGAUGCGCGAUCUUUGGACAUCGUCGCCAAGGUCAACUAUAACAAGUUCAACGAGAAUGAGGAUCUCAAGAAGGCGCUCAUGGACACCGCCGGUAAGACGCUCGUGGAGGCCAGUCCGGCCGAUCGCAUCUGGGGUAUUGGAUACAAGGAGGAGGACGCGAUUGCAAAUAUGAACACCUGGGGCCAGAACAGGCUGGGUAAGGCUCUCAUGGCGGCCAGGGAAGAGAUCAUCGACUCCAGCUGA